AUGCCAAGCACAAGUUUCCUUGAACAUGCAAAGUCACUAAUAACCAAAUCCCCUACCAAGAUCACUGAGAGUGUGCUAGGGACGAAGAGAGGGAGAGAAAAGAAUGAUACAGGUGGGUGUUCGACCAGACCAGCUGCUGACUUCAUGAACAGGCCCGAACUGAGACUGGACUCCCCCACACCAGCAUCCAACAACAGUGGACAACUGCUAGACGAGGACUCCAUGCUGGAAGACAAUGAAGGUAGCCUCCUAAACACAGAGCAAGAAGAAGCCAGAAGGCUGCUCUUCGACACCACCCCGACACCACACCAACAUUUCGACCACCUAGAAAAUAUCGUACUCGGCAUAGCAAGCAACAUCCAAGACGACAUAGGCACCAUACUCACCUGGGUACAGGAUACUGCCGCAUCCGCCAACGAAACAAAUGAAAACAUGAAAAUCCUGGUCACCAUCAAUGCCAAGCUCCAAGAAGAGGUGGCAACACUCAAAGGGCAAAACAGUGAGACUCGGACUAUGCAGAAGAGGAUACUCGAGGAGGUCGACAAACUCAGGAAAAGCAACUCAGAGCUAACCUGUCUACUAACAAACAUGGCACCUACCCAAGGUGCUCGCCAGCCAGACCGCACAGGCACCGUGCCAACUCACAAGACGACGACAACCUUUGGCCCAACGUUCAGGCUCACGCUACCAAGCAAAGCCCCAACUAUGAAACCUGCUGCACGACCCACAGAUGCACACCACCCAUCACGUCUCGUCGUUCGUUUCAUACAAACUGGAGUGAAAGAGGAUGACAAAGAGGACCCCUGA